AUGUAUUCGACCUAUCUAUCGGUCUUUGCAGUCGGGUGGCUGCUACGCGGUUGUGCUGGGUAUGUAGCCCAGCCGUUGCCUGGGAAGGAUGAGCUGCGCUGUACGAAGACGACGGUGGCUAUUCUAGGAGGAGGCAUGGCAGGCGUCACAGCUGCACAAGCUCUGACUAAUGCCUCAAUCGAUGACUUUAUGAUCCUCGAGUACACCGAUCGACUGGGAGGUCGGCUACGAGAGACAGAGUUCGGGGCCGACGAGAGCGGGAAGCCCUAUCGGGUCGAGCUGGGGGCGAAUUGGGUCCAUGGAGUGGGAUCGCGUGUCAGAGAAAACCCCAUAUGGAAGCUGGCCAGGAAAUACAAUCUGACAGCCACCCAUUCCAACUACAGCUCCAUCCGCACCUACAAUGAGACCGGAUACACCGACUACCGCCAUCUUCUCCGUAAAUACAGCAACGUCUACCGGAAGGCCGGCCGCGAAGCCGGCCGCAUCCUAACCGAGAAUCUGCAAGACCAGACCGCGCGGUCCGGACUCGCGCUGGCCGGCUGGCGGCCGCGCAAGAACGACAUGGCGGCGCAAGCAGUGGAAUGGUGGAACUGGGACUGGGAAAACGCCCAAACGCCCGAAACCAGCUCCUUCGUCUUUGGCGUCGCCGGCGAAAACCUCACCUUCCAGCAAUUCGGCUUCCGCAACGAACUCGUUGUCGACCCCCGCGGCUACAGCGCCAUCAUCACCGGCGAGGCUUCCACCUUCCUCUACACCGAGCACGGCGACCCCGCUCUGGACCCGCGCGUCCGCCUCCAGACGCAGGUCACCGCAGUCGAGUACUCCGGCGCGGGCGUCACCGUGCACAGCGCCGACGGGCGCUGCGUGCAAGCCGCGUACGCGAUCUGCACGUUCUCGCUCGGCGUGCUGCAGAACGACGCCGUGGUGUUCCGCCCGCCCCUGCCGCCGUGGAAGCAGACCGCCAUCCACAAGUUCCACAUGGGCACGUACACCAAGAUCUUCAUGCAGUUCGACGAGCGGUUCUGGCCCGCCGACACGCAGUUCUUCCUGUACGCCCACCCUACCACCCGCGGCUACUACCCAGUCUUCCAGUCGCUGGACGCGGAGGGUUUCCUCCCGGACUCGCGGAUUCUCUUCGUCACAGUCGUCGAUGCCGAGGCGUACCGUGUCGAGCGCCAGGACGCGGCAGUCACCGAGGCCGAGAUCCUCGAGGUGUUGCGGAAGAUGUUCCCGCGCGUGCGUGUCCCGCGGCCUACCGCGUUCUUCUACCCGCGCUGGUCGGCGGAGCCCUGGGCAUAUGGCAGUUACUCGAACUGGCCGGCGGGUACGACGCUGGAGAUCCAUCAGAAUCUGCGGGCGAAUGUGGAGCGGCUGUGGUUUGCGGGCGAGGCCACCUCGUCGGCGUAUUUUGGGUUUGCGCAUGGGGCGUGGUAUGAAGGUAGGGAGGUCGGGGAGCAUGUGGCGGCGUUGCUGCGGGGGAAGUGUGUGCGGCUGCAAGGGCGCAAGGCGUGUGGGGAGCAGACGCAUUAUGAGUUGUUGCAUGGGACAACGCCGUUGGAGGCGUAUAAUGUGAACAAUGGGUGGCCGCUGAGUAGUGUUGAUUUAUCGUGA